AAAGAAUAUCUUUAUUAAAAUUCAGAUGAGGAUUCCAAGCAUCAAAAUGAUUCCAACUUCAACAAUCUUGUGGGUUUGCCUUGUCGGGCUGCAUUUUCACCUUGUCAGCGCUUUGCAAGAGUGUCAAAUAGAUUCCGAUUGUUCUUCGCCUGAUGUCUACUGCUUGGAUGGCUACUGUGACGGACAUUGCAUCCCUUGCGAAAACUUUCUACGACAACCCCCUUAUUUAGGUGGAUGUGCUAAAAAUAAGGAGGACUGCGGCUCGUGUGUCCCAGGAGCUGCCCCAGAGGAGCAUGUAGGAUUCCAACACUCCUUUCGAUGUGAAAUGAUACAUGAGUCUGCUCCCAUUGAUUCUGGUAUGAUACCGCAAUGGUUUGCUUGGACGGCUACCGGCUUGGCAUCCGUCCUUUUUAUAUGGGUCGUCUUUAGGUGCAUUCGUCGUAUCCGUCGCAUUCGUCGCACGAAAAAAUCUAAUUCAGAACAACAAUUGUUACCUUAGCCAUAUACGACCAUGCAGAUAUUAUCAUCACCAUUGACUAAUAAAUUACCCUGUGCCGAAAUGAAACGGAGGAACUAACGGAAAGAAUAGAAGUGAUUAUCUUCGCCACCAGUCCCGUGUACUAGACAAAGGGCUCAGUGUCAAAAACGAACUGCCACUCCUACCACCUACUUUGGCAGCUUCCGUUGAUGUUCCUUGUACAGUGAACAUGUAUCGACAAGACAAGGAAAAUGAAUCGGAGGAUUUCACCGAAGGAAGGCACAGUGAAAAAAACUAAAAUUCGAGACCAACCAAAUAAAAGCACUGUGGCUUCGUCCGAGAGUAAAGAAUAAAUAAACGUGCAACUAUGUAAA